AUGUUUGAACUUGAAGAUUUUGAUUUAGACGAUGAAGUAUUUCUUAAUACCCAGAUGCCUCCACUCACUGGUACAUCACCAUUAAAAUCAUCAAAUUCAAAUCCUGUUAGUUCAAAUUUUGAAGAUGAUGAUGAAAUGUUCCUAAAUGUAUCAAAUUCAGUUUUUGAAUUGGAAUCUUCACACUCUGAAAAUAUUGAAUUAAAAAAUAAAACAACAAAAAAACAAAUUAAACAUAAUGAUAAUUCACAAAAUAUGCUUGAAACCCAAUCCAAAUCAGAAUUUACUAAAUCACUAAAUGAAAGUCAGCCAAAUAAAUUAAAUUUUGAUGAUGAUUUUGAUUCUGACGACGAAAGUUUUUUCAACACAUCCAAUAUAGUCCAAGGUCCUAGGAGUCCAUUACAGAACAAUGACUGUAUAGCUAAAUUUGAUUUUAAUGAUGAACAUAAUGAGGUUUCAAUUGCCAAUUCUAAAAUUUACCAGAUAAAAUCUUCAAGCAUAAAAAGUUUUAAUAAAUCAAAUUGCAAUAGUCAUCUUAAUACAACUAUUACUAGUGUAAAAAUAAUGACUCCGAAAAGUAUAUCUAGAAAAUUUCCUGGACCUGCUGGUCUUCUUUCAGAAAACGAAGAUCUUUAUUCAGAAGAUCCUUCAAACUUGGAAUCUUUAGAUAAGUCAAUUAACAUUAGCGAUAAUGAUAAAAGAGAAGAGAAUUUGUGCACUCAAGCAAAUGACUCGUCUUUUUCUUCAUCACCAUAUCAACAAUUCCUAUCAGAUUUUUUCACCACUGAUGUCGAUAUUUUGUUAGAUAAAUUUAAUGUGGCAUGGAUAAAACAGAAACUGCUUCCGUAUACUGCGUCUGGUCGUUUUUUCACGGAUAAAAUACCAUUUUUUGUUUCUGUUUUAAAAGAAAUUGAUUGUUUAUCACCAGAUCCAACAGUUCUACUUGCCGACAAAACGGGACAUAUCAGAGGAACAAUUCAUAGAGCUGUUUGGAACCAAUUUAGCAGUCAAUUAAAACUAGGGGCUGUUUUAGUAUUAUCCAAUGUUGGCGUAUCAUGUCAAAAAAUACUCAAAGGAUUUACACUAAAUAUUACUAGUGAUCAUUUAGUUGCCAUUUACAGUUAUUCUUCUGAGGAUGUUGAAGAAGUAAUUGUGACUCGGACAACAGAUAUGACAAAUGAAGAAAUUGUUAAUGGAGCCAAUCAAUGGAAUGCAUUUAACGUGGAAGCUUUAAAUAAAAAUUCUCAUUCUGUGAAUAUUAAGAGUCGGAUGAAUGCGCUUAAUAAUUUAAAGUUACACAACAUUUCGACCAAUCAUAGUUCUCAACCAUCAAAUGUCAACUACCAAAUCACAAAUAAUAUUCCUGGCCAAUCAUCACCCGUUAAAAGUUUUUUCAAACCCAAAACUCCUAUAGCUCAUAAAUUAUUCAAAAGUGUUCCUACCGUUUCUAGUAGUUUUCCAGAAGAACCGCCGACCAAACGGACGAGAAACGAAUUUAAACCUGAAGAUCAAUAUUCAAACAAUGAAAUCUCUAUUAUUCAAAAUAUUUUUGAAGGAAUUGAUGAAGAUGAAAUGUUUAAUGAUUUUUGUUGUUAA